CGCUUUUGUUUUGUUAAUUUUAACUUAUUGAUUUAUUACUGCUAAGUAUUAUUUAUAUACUUUGUAUUGAUUUUGUCACCUGCCAGGUUUAUGGUGACUAUGAAAAGUGCUUUAUCAAGUUUGUUUUUCACUGUAGUGAUUAACAUUCAUCGAUAACCAUGGUGUUGGAUUAUCGGAAGUUCUUGAGAGGGCAUACUGUCCAUCCAUCAACAUCGGGUGUUAAUGCACCUAAACCGGCUGUGGGCAAACAGCCCUAUGGUUCGUGGUGCACCCCGGAAACCACACCCGCGCACAAAGUCAUUACCCCGGCAAGUUCCUAUACAGAGAGCAAAACACAAACCCAACAUGUCCCGCAAAGCAACCAAGCUAAAGGACUUUUACAGCAAGUACAGUAUAAAGUACGCCUGCUCUCCCGAAACUCUGUAUCACAGUCUAAAUCUCUGAAUGAAAUCACGCAAGCUUCCACAGAACUUCAAGAUCUGAAACAUUCAAAAUCAACAGACAAUGCUAAGACAAUACCAUCACCAGGGAAAGAAGAACCUCCACCACCAAUCGAGACUCCUCAAAGUCCAGUACCAUCAUCGCCAAGACGGAAAAACUGUAAGGGCUAUUUCCGAGUGCCCGCCUUCUGUGACCCGUUCAUGCCAAUCGAUCCUCAGGGUCGAGGAUACAUCAGUUGGCUAAUGCUCGUCACUUUUUGCUACAGCUAUAACGCUUGGUGUAUAGCCUUACGAGCGACCUUCCCAUAUCAAACACCGAAGAAUACACCUUACUGGAUGGUCGCUGAUUACAUUUGCGAUGUCGUAUACUUGUUAGAUGUGGCUGUCGUCAAACCACGCCUCAUGUUCUUACACGAUGGUUUCUGGGUGGAUAAUACUGGAGAAACGAGAAAGAAUUACAGAAAGAAGCUGCAAUAUAAAUUCGACAUAAUUUCUUUAGUGCCACUUGAUCUGUUAUACAUAUAUUUUGGGACCCAAAUGGUUAUCCUGAGAUUUCCGAGGCUGUUGAAAUUGCAAACGUUUUGGGAAUUCCAUCAAGCUAUGGAUCGCGUGUUAUCUUCUCCAUAUGUGGUCAGAAUUGGCAAAACCCUCUUCUAUAUAUUCUACUUGAUUCACUUGAACGCGUGUGCUUACUAUGCUAUGAGUUACUACAUCGGCCUUGGCUCCAACGACUGGGUAUACGACAACCAGGGCAACGCUUAUAUCCGAUGCUUCUAUUUCGCCACUAAAACGGCCACCUCUAUCGGGAAGAACCCCAAGCCUGAGAACACGGAAGAAUACCUUUUCAUGACUGCCGCAUGGCUUAUGGGUGUGUUCGUGUUCGCUCUGCUCAUUGGCCAGAUUAGGGAUAUUAUUGCUACAGCUACGAGAGCUAGGACGGAGUAUAGGAAGACAGUGGACGGAUGCACGCGAUACUUGCGGCGGCUGAACAUGCCGCGCUCGCUGCAGCGCCGUGUAACGUGCUGGUUUAACUACACCUGGACGCAGCAACGAUGCUUCGAUGAAUCGAGGAUAUUGAAUUCGUUACCAUUCAACAUGAAGCGAGAUGUAGCGUUAGCCGUCCACAUGUCGACUCUUAGCAAGGUACAACUAUUCCGAGAUUGCUCAGACUCUUUACUCCGCGACCUCGUUCUUCAACUGCGACCAGUUUCGUUUCUACCAGGCGACGUGGUUGUUAGAAAAGGUGACGUUGGCCAUGAAAUGUACAUCAUCAAAGCUGGAGAGUGCUUUGUGAUGUCCCAUGAUGAAAAUGAAGUGCUAGCAACUUUGAGAGAAGGCUCAGUUUUUGGUGAAAUCAGUUUGCUCGGAAUCGAAGGAUUGCGACGACGAACAGCUACUGUGAGAUCCCGAGGCUAUUCGAAUCUCUUCGCUCUGUCCCGCAACAACUUAGAAUCAGCUCUGAAACAUCACAAGGAAGCAGCUCAAAUACUAAGAUUACGUGCCGACCAAAUAAUCCGCGAGAACGCGGCCAGGCAAACGAAACAAAAGUUAGUUCAUAUGCAGGCGAGGAAAUCUGCAAGUAUGGUUUCUGAUAGCAACUCGGGUCUUAGGAACAGAAGACCGUCCAAUGUUUCAAGUAACGACGGCAGUCUAGCUAUUGAAGGAAGAAGACACAGGUCUGCCAGUGCUCUGUCUAGGAGAAGAUUGUCAGCGGUAUCGGAGAACAAGGUGGGUUGGGCGGUAGAAUCGCGCACUCCUCUGCCGACCAUCGUAUUGUCCGCCGAAGCAGUAGAAGAAGCAGAAGCAGAAACCGACGUAUAGACAACAAGC